AGAACAAACAACAGCGGUGUAGAAGGCUUUCAGAAUGCGAUGCAGAGCUCAGUUACAGACAUGCGUCCUGGGAUUUGGAAACUGAAGCCUCUUUUAAUGAAGGAAGAAAUUUUAGCAAAAAAGAAAAAGUGCGGUGCCAGUCGAGGAGGAAGAGUCUGCUGAAGGUGAGGGUCAUGGACUGGAUCACCUCUACGGCCAUCCUGCCCCUGUUGUUGGGCUGUGUGGGGAUCUUCAGCCUCUUCAAGCUGCUGCAGCAGAUGCGCGUGAAGGCCUACCUGCGGAACGCUGUGGUGGUCAUUACAGGCGCCACCUCAGGACUGGGGCGAGAAUGCGCCAAAGUCUUCUACGCUGCGGGCGCUAAGCUGGUGCUCUGUGGCCGGAACAGGGAGGCCCUGGAAGAGCUCACCAAAGAACUGGCUGCUUCUCAGGCCACCAAGGUGCAGACACACAAGCCUUACACGGUGACCUUCGACCUCGCAGAACCUGGGGCCAUAGUUGCAGCAACAGCCGAGAUCCUGCAGUGCUUUGGCUAUGUGGAUGUGCUCAUCAACAAUGCCGGGAUCAGCUACCGCGGUGCCAUCGUGGACACCACCGCGGACGUAGACAAGAGAGUCAUGGAGACAAACUACUUUGGCCCAGUUGCUCUAACGAAAGCACUCCUGCCCUCCAUGAUCAAGAGGCGACAGGGCCACGUCGUCGCCAUCAGCAGCAUCCAGGGCAAGAUCAGCAUUCCUUUUCGGUCAGCAUACGCGGCCUCCAAACACGCAACCCAAGCCUUCUUUGACUGUCUGCGUGCAGAGGUGGAGCAGUACGAGGUUGAGGUGACUGUGAUCAGCCCCGGCUACAUCCACACCAGCCUCUCUGUCAACGCCAUCACUGCUGACGGCUCCAAAUACGGAGUUAUGGAUGAGACCACGGCCCAGGGCCGAAGCCCUGUGGAGGUGGCCCGAGAUGUUCUGGCUGCCGUGGGGAAGAAGAAGAAAGAUGUGAUCCUGGCCGACCUGUUGCCGUCCUUGGCCGUUUAUCUGCGAACUCUGGCUCCGGGGCUCUUCUUCAGCCUCAUGGCCUCCCGGGCCAGAAAGGAGCGAAAAUCGAAGAACUCCUAGAGCC